AUGUCAACCAGGCUCGGAUCAACAGAAAUGGCUGCCUUUCAGAUUUGCUUGCAGCUUUGGGUGGCAGCCUCGCUGCUUGCUGAUGGUUUGGCUGUCGCUGGCCAGGUGAUUCUUGCAGGAGCUUUCGCAAGACAAGAUUACACGAGAGCAACAGCAACAGCUGCUCGGGAACUCCAAUUAGCUUUGGCUAUGGGACUUGUUCUCUCAUUAAUUGUUGGUGUUGGAUUAAGCUUCUCAUCAGGAGUGUUUACAACUAACGCCAAAGUUCUACGACUCUUGAGUUUAGGCAUCCCGUUUGUUGCAGCAACUCAACCCAUAAAUACAAUUGCAUUUGUCCUUCUGAAUGGUUUUGGUAGCCUUAGCAAGUGUUGUAUGCUUGUGGUUAUUAUCCUCACAUUACGAGUUUGUGGGCAUAUGGGUCGCAUUAUCCAUCUUUAUGGGUUUACGAGUAAUAGCUGGCCUAGGGAGGAUUGGAACCGCUAGUGGACCAUGGAGUUUUCUCAACAAGUAUUAGGGGUUUCCUCUUUUGGUGUUCAAUAGCACUAAAUGAAUAUGUAUACAUGUGUAUAUGAACAAAUAGUGGCUUGUUUGUUCUUUGUAUAAACAAAAGAUUCAGUAUGAAUGAGAAGGAUGAAUGUUUGGUUUAAUGAAAUGAAAUUAUGAAGG